AUGCCUUCGGUACACAUCGCCGACUACAAGCUUAGCCAUGAAGCAAUGGUUCAUUACGGAGCCAACUAUCAGGAUCGCUUUACUCCAGCGAUACUGCUCGAAAAUAGAGGUGACCGUGGUGUGAUUUUCUCAAAUGGACGCAUCUGGCAAGAACAGAGACGAUUCUCUCUUCAGGUGCUGAGAAACCUUGGAAUGGGUAAGAAUCUGAUAGAAGAACGUAUCAUGGACGAAUUUAACCAUAGAAUUGGCCAGAUAGAUCAGUUGCCCCCUGGAUCAGCUGUCGUUGGUCAACGAGUUCUACGAUAA